AAAGACUUAUUGUUCUAAUUGAAAUUUGAUGUUACUUAUGUUACGUACUUGUGGCUAAUAUUGACGUUCAAUUAAAUCAAGGUUAAUGCCCUCUACCUUCCUACAAUCAUAGAUUUUACCGCAUAACAAUACGAGUGUUUAUUAGGUAAUUAUGUACAUCACUUGAAUAUUAAACAAUGGUGGAAAAUAUUUCGAUAUAAAACUUAAGUUUAACAUUAAUUAACGGUUUUGUACUAUGACUUAAAUUUAAUUUACACUUUCGAAACGGUUUUUCCGUUUAUUUGUCACUGGUUCUCCUAGCAUUGUAGAUAAGUCAGUCCUAUCAUUACUUUGGUAUGAGAUGAAUAUAUUAUAUUUAAGAUUGAAAAUUCGUUUAAGUAACGAAAUAGGCGUCGUUUUAAAUUAUAAGUAAAAACUUUCACGACAUUUUCAUUUAAGAAUUUAUUUAAGUAACAAUUCCUAUUCUAGAACAGCUUGACAAUUAUGGAAAUUUGUUUCGUAACAUUUGUUAAGAAGUGUCCAAAAUAGGAAAGUUAAGACAAAAUUUUCUUCCAUUAAAUUAUGCGUAAACUUAACGCAUAAUUUAACACUAAGCAUGCUAAUUAUUUCUAACCGAAAAGUGAUUAAUGAGGCGAUAAACGUGCCUCAUAAUCUGAUCACUUAAUCAGAGACACGCAAGAAAUGGAGACAUCAAUUAAAUUGAACUUUAAAAUAAGCGAAGGGUUCCAAUGAAAAACGGAUCAAUUUGUAGCACGGACUUUCCCAAGUGCUACGGGCUACGAACAUGCCAUUCUGCAAAUGUUUAGUGUUCGGCAGUAUUACCGCUCGGCGGCCCGGUCAGUACCGCGCAAGCUUUCAUAGGGAGCGCUCACGUCGCUCGUUCCCUCAAUUUUACGCGCGUAUUUACGCACGCUGCCAUUCAACCUUAAAUCCAAUUAAAAAUACUAUGUGUGAGUGACCGUUAAAUGCGUAUAAUGAGAUAAUCGAUAAUAAAGUAUUUGGUAGUUGACAAUGUGUGCGGAGGAUGUGAUUUUGGAAAAAUGUUGAGGGCGUCCCGCGCGCGAUGUUUGCUCGUAGGAUUGCUGUGGUUCAUGUUGUGUCUGGGCGAUGUGGAUGGACUUAUAGAAAUAGUGGAAGAGCAACAAUGUCACGACAACGAGUUCCGGCUCACCUGUCGCGACCUCGACUCACACAUAGCAGUAUUAGAGGCCUGGUACACCUCCUACGAAGACUACCACCAGAACACGACCACCCACGAGAGCCUUCACAUCAAAACUGAGAACGACUCCGAGCUAAACCGAGUCUUCGUAUAUUCUAGUCCAAAACACAACGGGGUCUACGAACCCUCAAAUCAUUCCAUAUUCGAAAAUACAACAAACGUUAAUAAUAGUUUUGAGUUUAAUGAGUUCGUCAAUGAUACGACCUUUUUUAAUGAUACUGUGGACUUGUCUGUGGAUUAUGUGAAUGUGACGGAUUGUGGGGUGCCGUCGUUCGCGAGGAGUUACGCGAGCUGGCGGGAGGGGGACAAGAGGAGACGGCAGCCGUCCAGGGAGGCCUCUGUUAACCUAAGAGCGCCUGUUAGUUAUCGGUGAGUACUUUACUUAUUGGUAAACGGAAUCGAGGACUGCACAAAUACUUUUUGCGUGCAAGGAUCGAAUGAUGACAGUGGCUUUUGGCCCUCGUCAGGUAACCACUGUGUAGCGAAUGGUGAGGUGAGGUAAUUUAAGAGCCGAGGUGUAUAAGUUCUUGGUUCCGAACGGAUUUGGUCAUCAAAACUAUAUUUAAUACGGAAAACAACGUAUUUCCCCGCUUUUUUCUUUGUUCUUUUUUACUGGUAUUUUGGGAUGUAAGCGUCACUUUCACUGACGACCGAUAUCUUUUUCAGUGUUUUGGAUGAGAUGACACGAAACGAUAUUAACGUUUCAUAACAUAAUAGUUUUUCUUACAAGAUCGCAUUGGCUUGUUGUUUGUAAAACAAAUAUUUACUGUUUAUCAAAAAUAAUGUUCUCAAAUACAUGUUAUAUGCAUCCGGUGCAUCUGACACGAAAUUGCCGUCCGUCCAAUUUUGCGAGACUGAGUCAGCUGGCAUAAUAAAUUGGUAUUUAAAAAUAAAAUACAACAAAUUAGUCAGCUGUCCAAAGCCAAUAUCAACAACUGUACGUACACGCAUUACACAUAAAGAGAAAAAACAAAAAAGCAAUGUCAUUCUUAUAUUUGGAAUCAGAUGAUUAAAAGAUUCACUCCAUUUUUAAAUUUAGAAAUGUCAACGAAAGCGUUCAUAAAUUGUCCAAUUUCGUAUUUCAAAAUAAGAAUGUGAGUCGUGAAUUGGCCGUUAGCGCGGGCCGCCAUUAAAUUAUCCAAUUACCUUCUUGUAAGGUAACGCAUUUAUUCUUGUAAACGUUAUUUUGACGCAUGUUUCAACACACCGAGCUUAAGAUAAUCUUUAGAUUAAUUUAAGAUUCACGUUACCUUGUAUGAAUUUAUAAUGAAAUAGGUAAGUGGUAUUAAGAAAUAUUCGCCAGGGAAUAACAAAGGCGGGAGCUGUUUAUCUCGUUUUAAAGAACGCUUUGAAUCUUUUUUUAUACGCCUUGCAUAAGUGAAAAUCGCAAUAAAUCUUAAGGCAUUUUAGUUAAAAUAUUUUAAAAGAUUCCCCGUGUAAGAUUUUCGUUGUUAGCCAGAUUGUAGAUUUAUUCGAUCGAUCGUAAUUCGUAUAUUUUGACUAUAUUUUUGAACACGUAUAGGCAAUCAAAUUGGCCUUUACUUGUUUUUUAAGUAAGACUGUCAACAUUACUUAAACGAGAUGGGAAUACACAGCACAUAGCGUUAUCUUGCUUUUACAAAGGCAACAAUCACACUUAUAGUUUUCACAGAUCCAACCACCAUCUCUUAAAGCUAUAUGAUUGUACUUGUAGAAAAGAGAUGCCGUUCCACACCGCUCUACACCUGUCACUCUUCCACGACCGCAAUGAGAAUUCUUCGAGAUUAGAUAGUAGGCCCCCAGAUCAUAACAUAGUACAAAUCUAUAAUCUGACGUGUGGUCCGUCGAGUUUAUUAUUCAUUGCGUUCGUCAUUUGUUUUUAGUGUUCGGCACACGUAACGAUGUCAAUGAUGCAUUCCCGUGGGAAUGAGUUUUACGUAGUGUUACAUAUAAGUAGGCUUGGAGAAUAUCAAUGGGUGUCGCAACUGUUGGGAUUAAGGUGUCGAUCCGAGAUUAUUACUGACUGAUCGGUGUGCUUUGAAAUUGAUAGCGGAGGUUUUUAUAAGUUGGAUUGAUAUUUUUAUAUGUAGAUCGUGCUGCGUAUCGAUAACGAUAGAUUAUUUUAUUCUUUCUUUAAUAAAAAAAUGAAUGAACCGAUUCGGCUUAUUUUAGUCUUUAAAUAUUCGUAGAAGUUCAGGGAAGGUUUAAACUUAAACAGUAGUAAAAUAUAGAAGAGUUGCAAAAAAAGUGUACAUUUAUCUGCAUUGUGAUCAUCGACUUUGUUUCAAUUUAUUCUUUUGGGUUAUCCGAGUAGGUACUCUAAAUACCGAAUCCAAAACCACACAUACUCGUAGGUAAUAGUCAGGAAUCUUGUUCCUCGAAUUGUGUUUCAAAUAAUUCUCAUUCAUCCCAUAUUACGCAUUAUUCUUUGUUUCUAAUAAAAUCUGUAACACCAAUAAUCUCAUGCACAUUUUAUGUCCAAUUUGUUUUUGGACCUGUAUAGAUUUAUUUCAGUAUAAGAAGUAUCAUUUUCCUCACAAUGUCAACCACUUGUCUUACUUAUACCUAACAUGUGUAGCAAGACGAUCGUUAUUUAGCUAGACUAGACCAAAAUGCGACAUUAAGUCCUCUAAAUUUAUGUCUGGAGUUUGUAACUUCAAAAUCUUGGAAACUUUCAAUUUGACCGCAUGGUGUGAGUUUAGAAAAGUUGAAAUCAUACGAAAAGUGUGUGCAAAUGGAUUUUAAAACAUAUGAUGGAUGGAUACAUGAGGACAGAAUUAUGAGUUUCCUAUAUAAAUGUAUGUUCUUCUUGUUCCUAAGCUUAAUUUAGGAAAUCCUCAGAUAGCGUAUUUAGCAAUUAGCUUAUUUAAAAUGUAAUAGUAAGUGUGUAAACUUAAUUGAUUACAUACUUUUAAAGAACAAUUAGUAUGUUAUCAAUUAAUUGAGAACUAGAUGUCUCCUUCCAUUGUUUCUUUUAAGUUAAUCGUUGAUAAGGAGAAUAGGUAUCGCCUGAUAAAGAAUACAAUUUGGAGAGCAGUAAUUUGAGGAGACAUAAUAGAUUAAAUUUUAUAUAUAGUUUAACACCAAAAGGCUUAAGCGACAUGCUAUUGAGGACCUGGAUCAAUGGACUCUUGUUCCUAGUGCACAACAUGGGACUAGCACUCAAGUGGGAGAGCAGUUCCUCAACGCCAUAAUGCCCAGCAAAAAAGCUGCUUAUAGUGGAUCCACUGAUUUUAGCUGAAAGAGAACAUAAGGAAGAAAGGUAAUGUGCGUAUUAUAAGUACCAGGGACACAGAGGCUUCCGUACAAAGGGAUACUGUAUACUAUGUUAUGUAUUUUUUUUUCUUCAAUAAGACGAGGUGCAAGCGGGCCCAUAUAUCGACGAAAACUGUCACGUCGUAACGUUCCUCUUAAAUUUCACCUGUAUAGUUAUCACGGUUCGUGAGAUACAACCUGGUGACAGACGGAUUAACUGCAAUUUCUCUAUUAAAGAGUUAUUUUUUUACCCUUUGGGUAUGGAGCCCUAAACAUAUAUUAAAACUUAACUAGUGAAGACGAACCCUUGGCAUAUACUACUGCACAGAAACACAAAAUAUAAACGUGUGUUGCAAUAAAUAGAUCUUUAUUUUUAAUUCGCGUAAACUAGUUCCUUGGUUCGGGUUUACAUCAAUCGCAGUUUCUGUUUAUAGAUCUUGCUUAUUUUUAUACGUAGGUAUUUAUAACUGUACCUACUAUUUUAGUAUAAGAUUAUUUUUAAAUCCUUGGUUUUUUAAGCCAAGAAUUACUUAUUUGAUAAGUGUUUCACGUGUCUGGCUGACUGCGACAUUAUUUUGUUGUCUUUCAGAAAAAAAAACAUUAUUUUUCUCCUCCAUUUUGAUCUCUACUACCUGUCUUCUCUAUUUCUUUGCCUCAACAUUCACUUAUAUACGCCAAUUUUCUUUUUAUUAAUUAAAUUAUUAAUUUAAAUUACUUUAAAACAUUUUAAUCAAUUAACCAUUGCUGUAGGUCUCAAUAAACCAAUUCGAUUUCAUUAAUAGUCUUACUAGUAAAAAGCAUUUCAUUACAAUCAAUCGUAUAACUUAAACAAAUUGAAUGAGCGAGUCAAUUACAAAUGCAGUUUAAAACUCCAAUCAUAAAUAAACCUUAACAACAAAUAUUAAAGUUUAAAAUGAUUCGUUAGAAUUGGGGUACGCGUAACGGUAGAUAAAGAUAGCUAUUUGUCAAUUGAUGCGUCUUUAAAUGGUGAUUUGAGUCAAGGGUUAUCACUUAUUUAGGGCACGAUGAGCGAUAGCGGAAGGUAAUUGAUCUUUGCAAAGUGAGCACGUGCCAACCCUUACGUAUCUAAAUUAAUAACGUAAGUUUAAUUUUUAGUAGGGUUGUUACUGUUUAUUUAGUAUAUCUGUGCUGUAAUAAUUGAAGGUUACCUUCAAAAAGAGAUGCAACGACGACGACUUUAACAAACGAUGUUUUUCAUUACACUUUUUAUGGACAAUUUGCUGACACAUUUAUUAUUUAGUAAGAACUCGGGUGUUUUAAUAAUAAUUCGGAGAACUUUAAUAAGUUUAUUAAGUAGGAAUUAGUUUGUUACAAAUAUUUGCCUCAAAGGCUUUGCCAUCAAGGAAAAAAAUAACGCGAAGUCAUAAUACUCUACAGAGGACCAAAUCUAGCCUUAUUCCUGUAUUAUCGUUCCAAAAUCAUUACUUUUAUGAAAUUCCUUUUUUAACGGCUUGUAAAUGUCACAAUUCACGUUCGGAAUUUUACUAGCGCAUAGGGUUCUAAAAUUAAAAUCGAGAAAAUUUCUUGUUUCGUCGUUUUAAAAUCUCAGUGAGUGACGGACAGACUUUUAAGGAACUAUAAAAUUGUUAUAAAAGUGGAAUAUGUGGUCUCGUAAAUGUUUUCUGUGCAAUAAAUAAGGUGUUUUAAGAGCUGAAAACUUCAUGCUAUGUUACUUUUGAGGUUAUAUAAUCCUUGCCUUGGUUUUUGUUGUUGUUGCGUUUGCAUACGAUCUUUUUUAAAAGUGCCGUUGCAGCGGGGUAAGUGAAAAAGUUUAUGGGGAUACUUCGUGAACAUACAUAUUUUUCUUUAGUGUGUAUGUUUAUACAAAAUUCGUGAUAAGUGUGUAUAAGGUUUUGUUUUAAUAAGUAAAAGGAGAGUCUAAUCUUAAUACAAACCUGACUUAAUUGAGAUUGAAAAAAAACUAUGCAUAGGUGUGUCACAUUCUUAAAAAAAGUGCAAACUAUCUCUUUAAAGUAUCAUAAUUACGACUACAGCUGAUACCAGCAUGUAGUUAAAUAAGUAUUUUAAAGCGCAUUACAAUUAGAUUAAUGAAAUGUCACCAUAUCGUCACCAUGGAGUAUUCGUACAAUUUGACAGCGGCAUUCAGACAGACAGCCAGACACGGAACUGAAACGCACUGGUUUUAUUACUUCUAAUAAAACUAGGGAAUUAUUGCGUAUGCUCUGGAUUAUUUGACAAUCGUUCCUGAAAUAAAGUAGAUGUUUAGAUGUGAAGAUUAAUAAAAAUGUGAAGAUAGGCAAAUUUGUUAGAAAUUAAUAGGUAAAAUAGACGUUAUUAUAUUCUACCAUUUCUGAUAUUCAAAUAAUAAACUUAACCAAAUAUUUUAGUUAUACUACUUAAAUCUACUAUGCUAAAUACUUACAAUGUAAUAUUAAAAAUGUGAUUGUACUUAGUUCUUUUUGUUGCGCUUUCACGAGAAUAACACCAAACCGAUGACAUAUAGCUCUCGAAACGAUUGGGCUGUAUCGGUUUAGUUUGUUUUUUUUAUUAAAAUCGAAUUGUGUGAGAGUAGUCUUAGACUUACGGAGGGAGUUUUACUAUUGGUGCUUUCUUAAAUUUUUCAUUUUAUCUUAUAUAUAAUAAUAGUGAUCAUAUUAAUAUUGUUGUUGUGGAUGAUAUAUUUUCUGCUGUAUUGAGAGUUUGAACACACCUCCAAACGAUCCCAACAAACACGUAACGAUGCAUAUGACGAUAAUAGCCCUUCAGAAUAAGCUUCUAAACCUCUUUUAUUUAGUUAACCUAUUUACUCACAAUUGAGUGUGAAAAUAAUUAUCUAAGUAUACGUUUCUAAUUAGGCCGCAGAUGUAGUAACGAAAGGGUAAUAGCUACACAUGUUACAUAUCAGAUCUUUUACCGGUACACUCUAGAAGAAAAACGUUAGCGAAAUUAAUAGACACGGCCUGACAAUAAGUCAUCGAUUUUAAAAGCAGCAAAUUGAGUUCUUGUAGUAACUAUCGCCCUUGUCAGCCUUGUUAGCUAACGACAAAGAACUCCGGUUGGGUCCGAAACUAGUCAGGCAAUCCCGAUAAAUAUGCCUGUUGCAUCAUUAAGUAGCAAAUAGUAUGUUUUAAAUCAAGGGGAAUGAUAUUUAAAUGACAUAAUUUUGUUUUUCUUUUCUGAGUUAUCAUGUAAAGGACUCCUUGGCGAUACCGCUCAGAGAGGUGUAAAUAAUGUGCGAGCUGAAAUUGUGCCUCAUAUACCUAAUGAUUUUUACUAAUAUUCAGCUUUGUUCAUUCUGUGAAAAAACCUUUAGAAUUGAAUUUGACGAACUUGAAAUCAACUGCUUUGAAAUUGUUUUGCAUA